CACUCCUCCACGUUAGGUGAAGGUCAUCAUAUGUUUCGCAACUCGUAAGCAGACAGCUAAGGUGAUUGAAUCAGUUUGGAUAUUUUUAUAUAAUAUGGCACUUCGAGGACUAAGAUUUGUUAAAUUCUGCAGGAGACAGGCUUUCUGUACAUCAUGCCGGUUACAAACAGGAGCAACAGCAUCACAGUCAACAUCAACUGAACAGAAGCCACAAAAAGCUUCGUUUCAUUGGCAAGAUGCCUUAAACCUGGAGAGUUUACUGACAGAGGAGGAGAUUAUGGUGAGGGACCAGUUCAGGUCCUACUGCCAAGAAAAACUGAUGCCAAGGAUACUGAUGGCCAACAGACACGAACACUUUCACAAGGAGAUGAUGCCCGAGAUGGGAGAACUUGGAGUGCUAGGGCCAACCAUACAGGGAUACGGUUGUGCUGGUGUGUCCUCUGUAGCCUAUGGUCUAAUAGCCAGAGAACUGGAGAGAGUGGACAGUGGCUACAGGUCAGCCAUGAGUGUCCAGUCCUCCUUAGUGAUGCACCCGAUCAAUGCUUACGGCUCAGAGGAACAGAAACAGAAAUAUUUGCCAAAGCUAGCUAAAGGAGAGUUAAUCGGUUGUUUUGGUCUGACCGAGCCAAACCAUGGAAGUGACCCUGCCUCCAUGGAAACCCGAGCCAAAUAUGAUGCUGCUACCAAAACCUUCAGAGUGUCUGGAAGCAAGUCCUGGAUCACCAAUUCUCCUAUUGCUGAUGUGUUCAUUGUUUGGGGCAAGUGUGAUAGAGAUAACAACAAAAUCCGAGGCUUUAUCCUGGAGAAAGGUAUGAAGGGCCUUACAGCACCCGUUAUUGAGGGCAAGUUCUCGCUGCGGGCCAGUAUCACCGGCCAAAUUGCUAUGGAUGACGUAGAGGUGCCGGAGGAGAAUAUGCUUCCCAAUAUAUCUGGUCUUGGGGGCCCAUUUGGGUGUUUAAACAAUGCCAGAUAUGGCAUAGCCUGGGGAACGCUAGGAGCUGCGGAGUUUUGUCUGGAAGCAGCACGGCAAUAUACAAUGGAUAGGAUACAAUUUGGGAAACCCCUUGCCAAAAACCAACUGAUUCAGAAAAAAAUGGCCGACAUGUUGACAGAAAUAUCACUUGGUCUACAGUCCUGUGUGCAGGCAGGCCGACUGAAGGAUCAGGGCCUAUUAACACCUGAGAUGAUCUCUCUGAUCAAGAGGAACUCGUGUGGUAAAUCUCUUGAUAUCGCACGAGUGGCACGAGAUAUGUUGGGAGGUAACGGCAUCAGCGAUGAGUAUCACAUCAUCCGCCAUGUCAUGAAUCUGGAGGCUGUCAACACAUAUGAGGGUACCCAUGACAUCCAUGCGCUGAUCUUGGGUCGAGCUAUCACAGGGCUACAGGCAUUUACUGCUGAUAACUGAACAAAAGUGUGAUGUGCAUAAUCCAGAUUGUUAACCUGUGGCAGUAUUCCAGUAAAUCUCACAACAUCCUACUACAGACUUCCCCCUAGGCUGUAGUAAUUUAUAAGACUGUGACACAUUCUAGCUGACGUGCUUCACAAGUGUUUUCAAAGUCUGUAACAUUCUCUCUUUGUUUGAUAAGUCAUGAUCAUCACAUUCAGCUGAUAUGUACAUGUUUAUGUGUUAGAGGUUGUGAGUUAACUAACACUCGUGGUAAUCUAUAUAUUGACAAUCAUUCUUAAAUAUGGGGAUGAGUGUUUGCUGUCUAUUCUUUCGAAUUGACCUGCUAGUCCAACCAAUGCUUUUCUGAUAUUACUCAUUUCCGUAAUACAAUCGAAACAACAUUUGAUUCAUUUAUGCAAUUGAACAUUGUUAAGUUACAUACAAUACUCAAAAUCUGCAAUAGAUUUGCAUCAAAAUGUUGUUGAGAAAUAUUUACUCUUGAAUUUGAAGACACUUAUUGAUUGAUUUACAUCACUAUUUGGAGCUCUGGUUUUUGUAUGAAAUAAAAAAUGAUACUGAAAUGUAUUUUAAAUUUGUGGUACCAUAAGGAUGUAUACUAUAUAGAAUUGCUGUGAUAUUUUUUGUAUGAUCAAGAUUUAUUUGAAAAGGGACAUUUGUAGAAGUUCCUUGUUCAUUUUACUGCGGUAAUGGAGAGAGACAUAAGUUAUAAGUGUGUAAGCGUUGCAUGGAUGAGUGAAAAUGUUUUGGAGAGAAUUGAUAUAUCGCGGUCCAAACAGUUGAACCGGUUGGACCAGAGUUUGUUUUUAUGAAGUAAGGUCAGACCCAGUAAUCUGAUGCUGCUUUCUGCAGGUCUGCCAGGAUUUAUACCCCAAAAUGUAACAUUUAAAAACAGAUGUACCGGUUGUUCCGCAUAAAUGAACACGCCCCAGGUGUCCGAUCUUUGUAAAUUAUGUUACAUUUCCCUCAUGUUGGACUAUUAAUUAAAAUAGGUACACUUGGCAGGAUUCAGUGUUCAAAACGGUUUUUUCAUGCAUAAAUAGGUUGGUUUGAUCAUGUUCCAAUCAAGUAUGAAAUUCCAAAUUCCAAUACCAAAUACAGACAAAAGUCUAGUCAUGAUUAUAUGGCAUUUAGAUAUAGAUAUAUAUAAAAUUCUUUUUAAAGAAAAAAAAUCACUCUUUGAACGUAUUUUUGUUAUUCAUCAUA